CUUACACCGCUGUCGGUUCCAGAAAGUUUCUAGCAGCAGGACAGAGUGAUGAUGGACAUCAUUUUCCAGCUGUAUUUUGGAGAGAGCAGCUUCUACACUGGCUUAUUCUGAUUACAAUAAAAACAGAUCAAAAAUGGAUGAAGAGUUGAACAUCACCCUUGUGGAUGAGAACUGGACUUUGCCCAAUGUGUCUACAGAAUAUACCAUGCGCCGGAGCAACAUCACCUAUGUUGGAUUUUACCUGCACGAGCCAUCAGUAGCAACUAUCUUUAUAGUUUCGUACUUGCUCAUAUUCUUGGUCUGCAUGGUUGGCAAUGGAGUUGUGUGCUUCAUUGUCUUAAGGAGCAAGAAUAUGCGUACUGUCACUAACCUUUUUAUUCUCAACCUGGCCGUCAGUGACCUCCUCGUUGGGAUUUUCUGUAUGCCAACAACUCUUCUUGACAACAUUAUUACAGGCUGGCCAUUUGGAAGCAUGGUGUGCAAAAUGAGUGGUAUGGUCCAGGGCAUAUCUGUCUCAGCUUCUGUUUUUACUCUGGUUGCUAUUGCAGUUGACAGAUUCAGAUGCAUUGUUUAUCCCUUCAAGCAAAAACUGACAAUAUCGACUGCCACACUCAUCAUUGUAAUCAUCUGGGUUUUGGCCAUAUCAAUCAUGUGUCCCUCUGGAGUCAUGCUUCAAGUGACCAAAGAGCAAACCAUUCGUGUCUUUCUUGGGGAUGGCAACAGGACAAGUCCUUUCUACUGGUGUCGAGAAAACUGGCCAAAUCAAGAAAUGAGAAAGAUAUACACUACUGUUUUAUUUGCCAACAUAUACCUGGCCCCUCUUUCUCUAAUAGUGAUCAUGUAUGCAAGGAUUGGGAUCACUUUGUUUAAAACUGCUGUGCCAACAGGUGGAAAACCUGGCCAUAACAACCGCCAUACUGUAUCCAAGAAGAAACAGAGAGUCAUUAAAAUGCUUCUUGUUGUGGCCUUCCUCUUCAUCUUGUCCUGGUUGCCUUUGUGGACACUUAUGAUGCUUACUGAUUAUGCCAGGCUUACUGAGAACCAGUACAGGCUCAUUAACAUCUACAUAUAUCCUUUUGCCCACUGGCUAGCCUUCUUCAACAGCAGUGUCAACCCUAUAAUUUACGGUUUCUUCAAUGAGAAUUUCCGACGUGGAUUUCAAGCAAUUUUCAAGUUCAACCUGUGCUCCGAGGGGGGUCAUCGACGGAAGACCUACUCACAUAGAAUGCAAAGUAACUCUGUGUUGCCAGCUAACCCUCAUCCCUCUACUGAGCCUAUCUCACUGAACAGUGUCGAAAACCCCAGGGUCAACCACGUGAAUGAGCAGGACUUAGUCAUGGAGGACCUGGAAAAGGUGUCUGAAAGCAGUAUAGAUGGAGGUUCUCUAUAAAGGGAUUGAAAUAAUGAAGUUAAUGCAGCCCAGUGAUGAGGUGAUUGCAUUCAGUUUUCAUUAUAUACAUAUGUUAAAUAAUGUAAAAAAAUCAAGUGUUUUGGUAUUGUUUUAUAUCCAUUUAUCAAGUAUAUCUGUUUUGGGGUAAAAUCUGUUUGCAAUUAAUAUAUUGACUUAUACUGAGGUUUCAAAACCAAAAACACCAAAACAUUUAAAUUUUUAUUCCAUGGUUAUACAAAAAUAAUUCCAUAAAGACAUGACAAAGCCACCAAACCCAAACCGGUAAGACAGUAUUGUGGAACCCCAAGAGAAAACAAAUGCCUAGAUGUUUUAUAAAUGCAGAUGUUGUCUGUUCUUGCCAAUUAAGAAUUGUCUUACGUAGGGCACAUGUCUCACAUAAGCAAAUCUGCUGCAUUCUCUGAGAACUAAUGAGGGAUGGAAUAGUGUUGACAUAUUAGAAUAGAUUUUACUAAAAGUAAAUGUCAAACCAAUAUAAGAAUAUUUAUACUGUGUGCUUUCUGUAAACAAAGGGUGCCCCUACAAUUAAAAGACUUAAUAUGUGCAGGAUAUUAGCAGGCAUUUGCUGACAUUUCCUCCGCCUUGUUCCUUGUUUACCAUUUCUUACAUAUAAGCACAGAAAAGAUAGAUUGAGAGGAAAUAUGUAUAAUUAGUGGUUAUAUAAUUAAAAUAUCUAAAAAAAAAAGUGAGUACACCCCUCACAUUUCAGCAACCAUUUCAUUAUUUUUUUUCAAGGAACAAUACUAUAGAAAUAAAAAUUUAAU